AUGGCUUAUUAUGAGAUGCUGGCUGCUGAUCAGUGGACUACGAACAGACAAGUAGCCAUUCCGGCCGCACAGAAAAUAACAUUCAAGCUUGCCCUGUCCGUCAUUGGCGUCUGUGGCUUCAGCUUUCCAUUGACCUGGAACGAGCAUGAAAUAUCUGAGGAUGGCAGCAUGUCCAUUCAACAAGCCCUUCGAAUCGUAGCAGAUACUGCCUCUCUCUCUUUCGCUCCGAGAUGGGUCAAGAACCUUCCGUUCAAGUAUUUCCGGGAUUCAAAAACAGCGCAAGAGCAGUUGGCCAAAUUCCUUAAAGAGCAGAUCAUAAAGCGGCGUGCGGCGAUCCUUCACGGCGGGAUCGGCCUCCAAGACGACUCUAAAUCGAACACAGUUUUCGAUUUACUCAUCAAGGCAAGGAAAACGAAGGAGGGAAAUACUCAAUGA